CUAGAACUUUCCGCGGCCGCGGGCGGACUCUCGCCUCAGCCCGGAGCCGCCAGCGCCUGCGACCAGCGCCCCCAGGCAGCGGGGAGACCGCCGACAUGACCCACUUCAACAAGGGGCCCUCCUACGGGCUCUCCGCCGAGGUCAAGAACAAGAUUGCCCUGAAAUAUGACCCCCAGAUAGAAGAAGAUCUGCGUAACUGGAUAGAAGAGGUUACAGGGCUGAGCAUUGGAACAAACUUUCAACUGGGAUUAAAAGAUGGCAUAAUCUUAUGCGAGCUUAUAAAUAAGCUGCAGCCAGGAUCAGUGAAGAAAAUUAAUCAAUCAAAACUAAAUUGGCACCAGCUGGAGAACAUUGGGAAUUUUAUCAAAGCCAUCCAAGUCUACGGCAUGAAGCCACAUGAUAUUUUUGAAGCAAAUGAUCUUUUUGAAAAUGGAAAUAUGACUCAAGUACAGACUACUCUAGUGGCGCUAGCAGGUCUGGCAAAAACUAAAGGUUUUCAUACUACAAUUGAUAUUGGUGUCAAAUAUGCAGAGAAACAAGCACGAAGUUUUGAUGCAGGAAAACUAAAAGCUGGUCAAAGUGUAAUUGGCCUGCAGAUGGGCACCAACAAGUGUGCCAGUCAGGCAGGCAUGACUGCUUAUGGAACUAGAAGACACCUCUAUGAUCCAAAAAUGCAAACUGAUAAGCCAUUUGACCAGACAACAAUUAGCCUACAGAUGGGCACUAACAAAGGAGCCAGUCAGGCUGGUAUGCUGGCACCAGGUACCAGGAGAGACAUCUACGAUCAGAAGCACAUAUUACAACCUGUGGAUAACUCAACUAUUUCAUUACAAAUGGGUACCAACAAAGUAGCUUCACAGAAGGGAAUGAGUGUGUAUGGGCUUGGACGACAAGUGUAUGACCCCAAAUACUGUGCUGCACCAACAGAACCUGUCAUUCAUAAUGGCAGCCAAGGAACAGGAACUAAUGGGUCAGAAAUCAGCGAUAGCGAUUAUCAGGCAGAAUAUCCAGAUGACUAUCACGGAGAGUACCAAGAUGACUAUCAAAGAGAUUACCAUGGUCAGUACAGUGACCAGGGCAUUGAUUAUUAGCUUUGCAUCAGAAGUUCAGUAUUAGGCCAUUAUUUUAUUCAGUAAGAACGAAACUAGCCUUGUGGAAUUGUUACCUGUCUUUCCUACACACUAUGCUUAAUGUACCUGAAGAAAUAUUGCCUUACAUACAUUCCUUUCUCCUUUCUCUGCCCUUUCCCUGUCUAGUUGCCUUUAGUGCUGUAACAGUUGUAGUCUACAGCAUAAACAAUAACUGCAUAUGAAGUAAAAGGAAUACUGUGAAAGGGGGAGUGCUCUUGUACAGCCAGGUCGUCUAAUAAGGAGCUAUGCAUUUUCACAAUUUCUACCUAAGUAGGUAUUUACAUACCACCUUAAGCCUUCAUUUUACAUAUUUACAGCUUUUCUGUUUUCCAGAUGAAAGAAUUUCACACUUAAAGUUAAAUGUGGUCUUUGCCAACGAAAUCUAAGACAUCAUGUUAGUGAUUUAAAUAUCAUUACUAUGUUUCUAAGGUAUUGUUUGCUAAUGGUAAGUCCUGCAUUAGACAUAAGUGUGCGUUUGUGAUUGUGUAUUCAUUCCAUUAUCAACACUGACCAAACUUCGAAAUAGUUGUCUUACUAAAAAGGGAGCUUGUAUAAAGUCUUGAGCCAACAGAAGUCCCAUGAUUGAUGGUGCAUUUACCUUUUAUUGUGCCAUAAUAUAUCCAUGUAGAAAUGCUUUUUCUUCCUUGAACUGUAUUUAUUGCCACACUUCUCAAACUGAUCCCAGUGUAUUUUUAUAAAUAAAUAUUUUUUUCUUAAAGGUA